AUUUGUUUAUAUCGAUAAUAUAUUUCCCUUAUUUAUAUAUAAGUUGCAAUUAAGAAAUAUGCCGACGAAAAAAACUAAGAAAGGAGCGAAACGGACAAAAGGUAAAGGAAAGAAAGAAAUCAAGCCAAACUCCAAAUCAGAUAAGGAAUGUGAUCUGGAAAGGGCUAAAGCUAAUGCUGCUCUGUGGGAGUCUCGACUGGAAGUAACAGAGAACUCUCGUGUAGAAUAUCGUGAAGUCGCUAGGAGACUAGCCCGGGCAAAUGAAGAGCUCACAAAUCAACAGUACAGAGCCGAGAAGGACACAACUGAUAUUAUUGGUUUCCUAAAGAAGAAGGACCUUGAGAAAGAUACAAAGACUGCUGCAUUGGAAGAACAACUAAAAGAUCAUAAAUCAAAAGCCUUUCAAGAAAAAGAGCUUUUAGUUGCGGAGUAUUUGCUGAAGAUUAAUGAGUUGGAAGAGAAGAUCAAGAAGAAAACCAGCGAGUUUCGUAUGAUUCAGGGGGAACUUAAGAUCAUCAAGGAGUUCCGCAAAAAAAAGGCUGACAUGGAACAAGAGCUAAUCACUAUUAAAGAAAAUAUGUAUAUUGCUGAACGUGAACACCAGGAGAGCCUUGCAAGAAUGGAGCACAAAUUUUUCAGUGAGAAGGUUCGUUUAGAAAAGGAAGCCGAGCAAAGAAUUGCCCAGCUAGCAGAAAGAGCCCACAAUGAGGCAAUUGUGCAGCUGGAUGAGGCAUCCCGAUCAGUUUUCAAGGAGAAUGUGCAUUUAAAGGAGGCACUUGGGUAUCACUUGAAGGAAGUGAAGGAGCUUUCAAGGGGCAACAAGGUUCUUACAGACGAGAACACUUCUCUCAACCUCCACAAGGAGAUGAGCGAGCUGAUGAUUAAAGAGAACGUGGCCAAGCUGGCGGCCCAGCGGAGUGAGCUCUCCGAAUUGAAGGCCAAAGUGGAAACUUUGGAGAAAGCCAUGGUCAUCAAGGCCUCUGAGUUUGAACAUGAGAAGGCAGUUGUGCUGGAGCGUGCUGUAGUUAGAACUCAGGCUGGCAGUGUGGAGCUGGAGAAGCUGCAGAAAUUGCUGGUUAUGCGGGAGCAAGAGAUGAGUCGAGUGAAGCGUCUUGCACGCAACAUCGUGGAACAGCGCAGCGAGCUUGAGCUGUUCCUUCAUGAAGCUCUGGCUCAGGUUAAGCAGGAGAUCCUAACCAGUCAGAUCCAAUACAGACAGGAGGCAAUACAAGCGUAUCGCAAACGGAUGAGUGAAGCACGGUCAGGAAGGAAGGACUACCCCCGCAUACGCACCUUUACCAAGGCUCCCCACAGCACCAACAGUGUUUACACUGAUCUGGAAGAAGCAGAAAGUUGGAGCAACCUGCAGAGCUCGAAAGUGGACAUCUCUGAACUGACCUGGGAGCAGAAGGAAAAAGUGCUGAGGCUGCUCUUUGCUAAAAUAAAUGGCUUAAAAAACAGAACAGUCAAGCCUUUGGCUCUUACCUCAGAGAGGGGUCAGAAUGAGAGUAGUCCAGGGGCCACAGAAAAGGUACCCCAGAUGACCUUUAUAACCCAGGAACAUGUGUCCAACAUUUCCUCCAAUCUCUGUAGAUUCCCAGACCUACAGACCAUCUGAACCUUGGUAACAUGUCCAUGGAAACUAUUACACAACCAAAUGGCAAUCACCACCAACCCACCUACAGUGCUUUAAAAAUAUUAACACUCAGA